GUAUUAUUGUUUGGGUAGAAGUGGAGCAGGCGACAUUUUAAAAAUAGAGCUAAAGGGAUCUAUAGCGAGAUCUGCGGGGAUCGGGCUGAUUGUUUAGCGGGUAGUAUCGGUACCGCCGCGGGCAGGCUGUGAUCCAGCGCAGGGUUCUGAUCCGGUAUCUCUGAAUCCGCUCCGCUGAGUAAAGGAAAGAUGAGUAGCCAGUACCAGCGCAGCGUCCCGUUUGAUGUGCGGAGGUUGGAGGGGGAAAGGGUGCGGGCCAAGCAUCCUGACAAAAUUCCGAUCAUCGUAGAAAGAGCUUCUCGAUCUCGUGCUCCUGAACUUGACAAAAAGAAAUACCUCGUCCCCUCAGACCUGACAGUUGGCCAGCUGUGUUUCCUCAUCAGACAGCGAGUGUCCAUGAGGCCAGAGGAAGCACUCUUCUUUUUCGUCAAAAAUUCCCUCCCUCCAUCCAGCUCCCCUCUUUCUGUUGUGUACGAGGAACAUCACGAGGAGGACCUGUUCCUGUAUAUGACCUACAGCAAUGAGAGCGUGUACGGAGCCUGAGAGGACACAAAAUGGGGUCACAGAGGAGGAGAAAGAGGGCGGGAUGGAGGGAGGGAGAGAGCAGGCGCAGAUUAAAAACGCGGGGAGCUGAGAAGUGUUGACAGUUUUACCACUAUUAUACCAUGUUGAAAAAGGCUAAGCUUUGAGGGGCAUUGUACAGCGGUGUGGUUUAUUUAGUUGGUUGUAUAUUUGGGGCGCAACCACGGUGGCUUGACUAAAGCAUUAAGGCAUUCUGAAAGGAAUUGGAAAGGAAAGAUGGAGUGAGAGAAGAUCUUAUAUAAGGAAUAGUUCAGCUCUGUUUAACCCUGCUGUGUCUGUACUGAUAGGUCAGUUGCCACAGACAGUGAGCUCAGAACCUUUUUCUGAUCUGAAGUUACAAAACGGCAGAAAAUCUGCUUACUAAAAGUGUGUUGUGGGCAUGUUGGUUUCUGGAAUUCAACAGUAAUUAUAUUAAAUUGGAAUUAACUUGUAAUUUGAGGUUUAAAUCUGUGUAGGGAACUAGCUUGUCAUCUUUUUUAGUGUAGUUUGUGUAGAUUGUGGAUUGCGGAACGUGAAUCCCAGAAAGCCUACGUGAUAAAGGGUUAAAGUAACUGGAACUACUUUUUACUGUGUUUCAGGGUUUUCAAAGUCACAUAAAACUACUGCAUAAAUGAACAGUCAGACCAUGUUUCCACCCACAGCACCACAAGUUUCAAAGAAUAUAUCGUCUUCUAAUUGGCUUCUAUUAUUAUUAUCAUUAGAAAAAAAAGCUUCUGUUCGUUUCUUCUAUAGUUCAGAAAAAAAAUCCCGCUAAAAUUACUGUCUGUGAUUUAAAAAUGAAUAAUACAGUACACAUGCAGCAAAUAGAGACUGGGUUAAAUCACUGGAAUAUUCCUUUAAACCAUGGUCCCUAGUCCUAGUCCUGGAGACUUCACUGCCGUGCUCACUGUUGUGUUCCUUCUGAUUGGUAUACCCACAGUGGUCCGGUAGACUAAGGCACUGUGACUGUGAUCCGAGGGUCGCUGGUUCGAAUGCCAUAUUAUGCUGCAUGCAGCAGCAGCCAGAGUCCGAGAGAGCACAGUUGGGCAUGCUCUCUCUGGGUGGGUACAGUAGAUGACGUUCUUUGCUCACAUCAUUCAUCACUAAUAUAAUGUAUGUUGGUUAGCACAGGCAUCUGUAAGCUGAUGUAUCAGAGAUGGGGAUUUGGCGCUUUCCUCAGAGUACGCUGGCUGCUGGCCUAUUGAUACUGCAUUGGCCGCAGAUAACUUCACAAGUUUAUAUGUACGGGAGAUUGGGUAAUUGGCCUUCCAAAUCGGGUAGAAAAUAAUGAAUAGUGUAAAAUUAGUGUAAAAAGUGAAUUAAAUACUGCAGUGUAGGCAUUGUGCACCCGGGACCAGGGUUGGGGACCACUGUUUUAAAAAAUACGAAGAAAAGAGAGAGAAGUUCGCGGAAGUGGUGCAGUACAAAAGUAUUCAUGUUUCCACGACUCUCUCCCAGGAGUGACUCACCUGUAUUUAAUGCAAAUAGUAUUUUUUUGUAAAGUUAUAUGAUACUUUUUUUGUGCAAAAAACUAAAUAAAUAAAUCAAUAAAAAUACAACAUUGAAUUUUC